UCUAAAACGCGUACGAGUUCGCUUUUCACAUAAAAACCUUGUGGCACAGCUCUCCGGCCUUCCAGUUGCGCGCACACUCACACACAGACACGUGUUCGUUGCAAGCUGCUAAUCGCUCGAGAGAGAGUACGAGAGAAGAGAGAGAGAAGAAAAAAAAAGAAGCAUCUGAGAAGAAAGAAGAAAAAGAGAGAAGAUAUAUAAACAAAAGUAUUAUAGUGGUAUUUCUCUUUGCUGUUCGUUAAGAAUUUCGGGAUCUCUGUUUAAAAUGGGUCAAGAGGAUGAAAUGAACGAAUUCCCAGGACAGAACGACAGUGCCGUCCCAGCGGUGUCGAGUGCCGAACCGCUCCUGACGGAAGAGACGGCGAUGGAGGGUAAAGAAGGGACUGGGGGGGCGGCCUGUGGGGGGCGGGGCCAGAAGACGGUGCCAGAUCAUUACGUCAUUUUCACGAGGCCAAGUUUCGGGUCCUCCUGUGUCGCCGGCUUCAGGAAGAUGAUGCGAAACGUGACUCUGGAACCGAUGCUUUUCCUGAAGAUGGUCGCAGAAGGGAACUACGGGGUGGUAGCCGACACGCUGGAGAUCGAUCGCAUCUGCCGUGUUAAUCUGAACUACAGCCAGGAAGAUUGCCUUAACAUGGACGAUGGAAACCACACGGAAGUACAGGUGGCCGUGCAGCGCGUCCAGAACGUGUUCAACUACAACCAGAACCUGAUGGACAGCCUUCUUCCGCUGGCGGUGGUGAUCUUCAUGGGCUCCCUCAGCGACCAGUACGGGAGGAAGCCGCCCAUGCUGUCCGUCCUGGCCGGCUUUGUGGCUGUCUCCCUCCUCUACCUCCUGACGGCCAUCAACACGACAUGGCCCGUGGAGGUGCUGUACGUGGCCACCUUCGCCGUGGACAUCACGGGCUCGUGGGUGGUGUUCAACAUGGCCGUGUACAGCUACGUGGCCGACAUCACGGCGCCGGAGACCCGCACCAAGCGGCUGGGCGUGCUGGACGCCGUCUGGUAUCUUGGGGCGCCCCUCGGCCGGCUCAUGGGCGGCUGGCUCUUCCCCGUCGCCGGCUACGGCGUUGUGUUCGCCGUCUCGGCGGCGCUCUGGGUCGUCUGCUUCUUCUACGUGCUACUCCUCGUGCGCGAGAGCGUACCCUCCGCUCCGCAAGAGCCGGCGCCGCAGGAGGGCCGUAAAGCGCGCUGCGGCCAGCUCCGCCACGUAGUGUCGCUGCUGCGCACGGCGUUCCAGCGGCGUCCAGGGCGCGGCCGACAGCUCCUGCUGGGGCUCCUGGCGAUCAAACUCCUGGUGUUCUUAACUCAGGGCCACCAGCUUUAUCUCUGGGCGCGGCGCGUGCUGGGCUGGGGCGUCCCCGAGUUCUCGACGUGGACGAGCGUGGAGUCCCUGGUGCACCAGGCCGGCAUGCUGCUCCUGGUGACUGCGGCCGCGCGGCUGCGCCUCCACGACGCUCUAGUGGCGGUGGCGGGCCUCGUGUCUAUCGGCCUGUGGUCGGGCGCGCUAGCGCUCGUGCGCGGGCCGGCGCAGUGGUGGCUGACGGUGGUGGCGUCGCUGCUGGGGUCGCUGGAGGCCGCCAUCGAGCCGGCGCUGCGCACCCUCCUUACCGUGGUAGCGGCAAAGGGCGAGGCCGGACGCGUCCUGGCACUCAACGGCCUGCUGGAGGCGGCCUGGCUCACAGUCGACCGAUCGCUCUUCACGCUGCUCUACAACACCUUCGUCGAGAGCUUCCCGCAGAUCAACUUCGUGGUACAAAGCGGCGUCUCAGCGGUACUGGUCGUGGCAGUCCUCGUGCUCUGGCAUCGCUUCCAGUAUCAAGUACCCGACGAUACCCAGGUCGAAAACCCAUCGGAGAGCAAUCCUUAUUCGGCCCCCAACUCUGCACCCUCCCCCUCCCCCGGCCACGCCCACGCCCAUCACAUGUGAAAUGGGAGGGAUGGUGGGCGGGAUGAAAAACUGUUAUGGUGCUUCUUGUGUCCGUCUUUCUGCCAUGUACAGUCACACCCAAUGUACUGGGAAAGAAUCUUUCCUUGUAAAUUAAGUAUUGAAGCUUAUGAAUGAAGCUUCGAAACUCUCCUUAUGAAUGAAGCUUCGAAACCCUCCUUAUGAUAGAAGAUUUUUAUACUUUCCAUUUUAAUAAAGCUUCGAAGUCCUCUGUAAGAGUGAAGCCUCGAAACCCUCCUUAUGAAUGAAGCUUCGAAACCGAACCUAAUCGAAAAGAUCUAUUUUUUCUGGAUGUUCAAAGCAGAAUUUGAAACAUAUUUAACCAAAGUUUUGACCCUGACUAUACGCACAGAAGUUAAAUUUAUGAAUUUAAGUGACCGUAACUGCAAACAUUAAUUACUAACAUAGCACGAGAGUAUGAAUGCCCUAUUUCACCAGAAUAUAUAAUCUCACACCGUGUUUGUGAUAACGCCAAUCAUUAUGCUAUUGCCUUCGCUGUCUGUUUUGUCGAUAUCAACCUCUUUUGAUGUUCCGCCAACGUACAAAAACAUAGAUUAACGACAUUGCAUAUGAAUGAGCAUUGAUAAUGGGCCAAGGUUUCAAGUGUUGUUUCAUAUUGUAUAUUAUACAAGAACUGAGGAUAUGUAUUUCAUAUAUAUAUGUACAUACAUGCAUACGGUGUAUAAGUACAUACACUACACGCAUAUACGCACAAAACACGCGCGCGCACACACACACACACACACACACACACACACACACACACACACACACACACACACACACACACACACACACACACACA